CAUUCUCCUUAUACCCCGUGUUCUCGACUGCUUGCCUCAGAGGAUCGACCACAUGAGCUUCUUUCUGGCUCUGUCUUUGGCCAAAGAGGCAGCAGAUCCUUUCUUCAGAGUGGGUUACAACAGUCUAGGCACAUUCGCCACCAUUAACCAUCUUCACUUUCAGGCGUAUUAUUUGGCUUCUCCAUUCCCAGUCGAAAAGGUUCCUACUCUGAGAGUAAUGACUUCCACAAGCAUGCAGAGAAAUGGAGUAGUUGUUUCGCAACUCUUGAAAUUCCCAGUCCGUUCACUUGUGUUUGAGGGUAGAGAUACUUUAUGGGAUCUGUCCAGUGCAAUUGCUAAUUCCUGCAUACGCCUUCAGCACAACAACAUCCCCUUCAAUGUACUGAUCGCCGAUUGUGGCAAAAGAGUGUUUCUAUUUCCACAGUGUUAUGCGAAGAAGCAAGCUCGGGGAGAAGUGAGCCAAGAACUUUUGGAAACUCAAGUAAAUCCCGCCAUCUGGGAGAUUGGCGGACACAUAGUGCUGAAGAGACGCAAGAACUUUGAAAAUGCGACGGAGGACUAUGCAUGGAGACUCCUUGCGGAGGUUUCCCUAUCAGAGGAGAGUUUCCGAGAAGUGAAGGCUUAAAUCUCAGAAGCGGCAGGCUUGUGCGAGAUGGAUACUGAAGCAUAUAACUUGCAUCAGAGCGAAGAAGUUGUGUCCACAUCUUCUGCUGCCACAG